GGAGCACUGGGCCCUGAGAGGAGGCUCCCUGCUGUGGGCCUGGGUCUGCUCAGCCACCUUGACAGCCUUCUUCCAGGAGGCUCUCUGGAGGCCUUGGAAGGUCACUGACUUCCUGGCCUUAGGACUAGGCAAAGAGGUGGGGAUGGAGCCUUCACGGACACUCAGCCAGCUGAGGGACUUUGAUCCGAACUUGCUUUUCAGUCAAGAUUUCAGGACUCCAGGCUUAGAGAUGCUGGAGUCCUGGUGGGACGGGGGGUGCCGAGGGGCAGGUCAGAGCGGCAGGUGCUGCCCUGUGUGUACACGGAGGGGGUUCUGGGUGGCCUACCAUGGGCCGCCUGACCGGACAGGUUCAUCGGGGGCUCAAUCUAGCUGAGUGAAGGGGCUGGGAGUGCAGCUGUAAGCAGACUCCGGCAGCCAGACUGGAGUAAGUACCAGUUUGGGGUAAUUAGAAGGCACGUAAUUAGAAGGCGUCAGGGCGCUAGGCGGCAAGUGUCUGUGAAUAUGCCUGAGUGGGCCCUUGCUGGCUUUGGACCCCUGGAAGACUUUCCUCCUGGAAGUCUCAAGAUCACGGUUCCCCAUCGGCCUGGAGGCUGGUGACUCCUGGGGCCCGAGGAUGAAGCUGAGCCUGCCACACUGGCCCCUGUCCUGCCUUUUUGUGCUGCUGCGCUGGCCUCUGGCCACUCCAACAUCAAGGACCCUUUGGCGGUGCCCACCUGGGGAGGAGCCCAGCCUGGACCUGGGGCAGGGCACAUUAUGCAGGUCCUGUCCCCCCGGCACUUUCUCUGCUUCAUGGGGCCCUGGCCCAUGCCAGCCCCACGCUCGCUGCAGCCCUCGAGGGAGGCUGGAGGCCCAGGCAGGCACAGCGACUCGAGACACCCUAUGUGGAGACUGCCAGCCUGGGUGGUUUGCCACUUCAGGGGUCCCCCUUGUCUCCUGUCAGCCGUGCUCCUGGACACCUCUGGGUACUCGCAGCUGUUAUGAGCGGGGACGACGGGCCCGACGUGGUGUGGAGGUGGCAGCAGGGGCCAGCAGUGCUGGGGAUACGCGGCAGCUUGGGAAUGGCACGCGGGCAGGUGGCCCUGAGGAGACAGCUGCCCAGUAUGCGGUUAUUGCCAUCGUGCCUGUCUUCUGCCUCAUGGGGCUGCUGGGCAUCCUGGUGUGCAACCUGCUCAAGCGGAAAGGCUACCACUGCACGGCCCACAAGGAGGUUGGGCCCGGCCCUGGAGGUGGAGGCAGCGGGAUCAACCCCGCCUACCGGGCUGAGGAUGCCAAUGAGGACACCAUUGGGGUCCUAGUACGCCUGAUCACCGAGAAGAAAGAGAAUGCUGCGGCCCUGGAGGAGCUGCUGAAGGAGUAUCACAGCAAACAGCUGGUGCAGACCAGCCACAGGCCCGUACCCAGGCUGCCGCCGGGUCCCCCCAGCAUGCCACACGUCUGCCCACAUCGUCAUCACCUCCACACCGUGCAGGGCCUGGCUUCACUCUCUGGCCCCUGCUGCUCCCGCUGUAGCCAGAAGAAGUGGCCUGAGGUGCUGCUGUCCCCUGAGGCCGCAGCUGCCACUACUCCUACUCCCAGACUCCUGCCCAACCCGGCCAGGGCUCCCAAGGCUGGGGCCAAGGCAGGACGCCAGGGCGAGAUCACCAUCUUGUCUGUGGGCAGGUUCCGAGUGGCCCGAAUUCCUGAGCAACGGUCAAGUUCAGCGGCCUCUGAAGUGAAGACUGUCACAGAGGCUGGGCCCUCAGGGGGUGCUCUCCCUGGCUCCCCACAACCUGGCCUCCCCACUGAGCAGCAGGCACUGCUGGGAAGUGGCGGAAGCCAUACUAAGUGGCUGAAGCCCCCAGCAGAGAACAAGGCUGAGGAGAACCGCUAUGUGGUCCGGCUAAAUGAGAGCAACCUGGUCAUCUGAUGGUCUAUCUCAUCUGAGAACAUGGCAGCCCUGCCCUAGGAGGUUCUGAAGGCUUCCUGGAGGAGGGAGAGCUGCAGCUGGGCGUGUGAGGACCAAGAAGUAAUGGCCCAGCAGACAGAACAGCAAAGGCCAAGGCCUGGAGGUGGGAGCGUCCGCCCCAGUGAGGAGGCAGGCCAGCUGGCGGGUGCUGUGUGCAGGAGCAGGUUGAGAGCCCCUCCCCUGUCCCUGCCACCCAGUUUUUUCUGUGAAGGAUGCCCUGUGCCCUAGCCUGGCCAGAUCCUGGGACCCUGCAGGAUCCUCUGUACCACUAAGUGGCAAGGCCUUGGCCUGGUAGGGGGGGGGGGGGCCCUCUGCCUGGUGCUCCUGGCCCCACACCUUGGUAAUUAGCUGCCCUUGCCUCUGUACAGGGCCCUAGUACGGACCUCUCCUGCCUCUUCUAGUGGGCCCAGUAAAGGGAAGGAGCAACAAAAAGCCAUGGGCUGGAGACUUGAGUUCCCAGGCUCUAACCAUGGGCAAGUCCCUGGCCAUCACCUGGUUAUAAUUCUUCUGACCAUGAAGUGGGAAAAGAAAGGCAUCUCAGGGCGCAGGGCUUCUCCAGUUACUUGGCAGGUUCUGGCCCGGGUCAUGUGAGGGGAAAGCCUGACUCCUUGCCACCCCUCCCAUUAGUAGCUUUAUCUGGCCCCAUUUUUGCGGCUUCUAAGGCCUCUGCCUUCAGGCCCCCAUGGGGCGGCCCAUCCCUGGCUCUGUCUAUAAGAAGGGGCUUAAUGCAUGUAUCUGCUCCCCACCCUGCUGUUUUUAUUGAAAAUGGUACCACAGUCUUGACCUGGGCAGGGCUGUAGUACAAGGUGCCAGCCUGCAUAGCCACCCCAAGAUCUCAGGAGCUUUUGGGGAGAGGUGUGGGUGAGGGGCUGGUAAGGUGCCCCUGGCCUCAGUGGUUUGUGUGUCCCUGUGGUGUUGGUGUCUGUCCCCCAGCCUGGGCAGUGCGGGCGACUGCCCAGCCCAGUCCCUAUGUCCACUCUGGCUCAGCAACCUGGUUAUUUAUGUGGGGUCAUGCAGGCAUGGGCCCCACUGCCAUCCCUGUUUCUCUUAUUUAUUGAAACUUUGCUGUUGUCCUGUCUUUGUCUCUAUUCCCAUCCAUUUAUUGGAUAAUAAAAGGUGGGAAAGUCGUGUCAUGAAGAGCUUCUUUCCCUGUGACUCUUCCCAGGUCAUCUGGCCAUUCACCAAAUAGCUUUGUGUCAGGUACUGUGUGUGGGACAGGCCAUCCCUCCCCUCGCAGUGUUGGCUCUGUGGCAGGUAGGCAUGGGGACAGCGGGUGAAGUGGGGCUGGAGGAGGCCCCUCACUUCAUCAGGUUCUCACUGAAGCCCCUAGAGGUAGUGCUGUCCAAUAGAUAUAUAUAGUAUGUACCAGAUAUGUAAUUUAAAAUUUUCUAAUAGCCGCAUUUUUAAAAGAAAAAGAUAAGCUUAGUAUCAAUAAUGUAUUUAAGCCAGUAUAACUAAAGUAUUUUCAUUUCAAUAUAAAGUCAGUAUAAAAAUUAUGCAUGAACCACUAAUUUUUUUGUUUUGAAAUCUGGUAUUUUACACUUAAAGCACAUCUUAAUAAGAACUAGCAUAUUCAAGGGCUCAAUAGCCACAUGCGGCUAGCGGCUCCUAUCUUGGACAGCACAGCUCUAGAAGAAGUGGAGCCUGGGAGAUGGAUGGGGUCAGACCCGUUGGGAGCUGGAGAACGUGGGAAAGGGAAACGUGGUCUGCAGAGAGAGAACAGCAUGUGCAAAGGCCCAGGGGAACUACAAGGAACUGGAGAAGCUGGAAGUUGAAGGUGACAGGUGUGGAGACUGGAUUGGGUGUGGGCAGAAGACAGCUACACGUGCUCUUGGAAGCCAUCAAUCUUCUGCCAGAGAUGCCAAGGAACCUCUAAGGCAUUUAGGAAGGGGAGCUGGUCAGCUUGCUCUUGGUCACAGCGUGGAGGGUGGAGCAGGAAUUCUGCAUGGAAACUGUUGCAGCUGUCCAGGCAAGAGGUGGUGGAAGCCAGGGUGUGGGGGGCAGGAUCUAAGAUUCCUAAAAUGGAACUGCUAGGACUUGGUAACAAGAUGUGGGUCAACAGAUUAGGGCCAGCUGGGUGGGGAAACCGGAGGAGGAGCCCAGGAGACAGCUGUGAUACAGCCCCCUGGGCGUCUGGAAUGUGAAGGCCUGAAGUGCUCGAGAGACCGACCUGGGCUACAGGAAUAUUUAGAAGCACUCAAGUAGGCAUUUGCACCAGGACUGGACCAGGAGAGAGGGCUCAGGGCAGACUCUUGGUCUGCCCCAGAGGCGCUGCCAAGGAGGUGGGAAGGAGACCAGGGAACUGCAGUGUCCUGCAAGUGAGGGAAGGGGAGUGAGGGGCAGGAUGGUCCACAAGGCCAGGUGCUGCCACAGGGUCAGGACUGCAGCAGUCCUUGGUUCGUGGACAUGGUGCGAACAGGACGAGGUCUGAUUGGAUUGAGCUCCCCACAGAAGCCAGAUUGUGACAGGCGAUACUGGUAGGGACUUGGGCCCCAGGGAGGUAAGGUUUUUAAUUCUGGGCUCUCUAGGUAUAUUUUUUAAAGGUGGAAGAAGGGGACACGUUUAAAUGCUAAUGGGAGAGUCCCAAAGAGAGGCUGAAGAACCGGAUACUGAUGUUUGGUGGAGUCUGGGGAAGUGUGGAAAGGGACAGCCUGUGGGAGCCCCAGACCUCCUGGAUGAAGGCGGCUGGUCAGGAUGGGACUCCAGAAGGCCCAGCUCAUGUUUGCUCUUGCUGCUCCCCUGAGGCCACAGGUGCCACUACUCCUACUCCCAGACCCCUGCCCAACCCGGCCAGGGCUCCCUAAGGCUGGGGCCACAGCAGGAUGGCAAAGUGAGAUCACCAUCUUGUCUGUGGGCAGAGGCCUUUCUCCUGUGCAGAAGCCAUGAACCUGGCCCAGUUAGCAGCACAGAAAACUCCUGCCCAGAGAAGCUGGGCAGACAUGCCUUGAGAUUUGAUCUCUCCCUGCCUCUUUCUUGCCUCUCCAGGGCACAGGCUUCUCUUUCUGAGGCUUCUGAGGUGUGUAGGAAAGGGAGGGGACUUCCUAGGGCCUAGGAAACAAAGCUUUCCCUGUUCUAGGAGAGAGGAGGGAAAGAGACAGGCUGUACAUCAGGAGGAAUUUUCUGGAGCACCAUGGGUUGCCAAAGUCUAAAACAGGUUGUUCAUUGUAGGGGCCUAGUGGGCAUCAUCCGUGCUCCCAAGGAAAUGUUCCCUUGGACUACCAGGGUCCACUUGGUGUCCCUAUUUGCCAACUCUUAGCUGCAUGUCAAGAUUUGGCUUCUCAAACUUGGCUGUCCCCUGAGCCAACCAACCCCACUUCACCCAGGACUUGGAUGACACACCAAGAUGAUGAGAAAGCAAGAGACGGGGUGGGAGUUGGGUCCCUCCCACUCUCCAGCCUCCUUUCCCAGGGGAAGGCUGGACUGGGGACUCUAAAUGCCCUCUUGCUGUGGAGACUGAGGCUGGGUCUGGCUUCCCAGGCCAGGUAAGAGAUAACCCUCACCUUGGUGCUGGGCCCUGGGGUAAUAAGCACAGCUCUUCUCCAGCACUGCCUGCCAGCCCCCACCCCCCAACCCUGGCACCCCAUUUUCUGCUUGCUGGAAGGUCAAAGUAGGACUCUGGCCUAAAUUUCUUCACCUGUCCCUAAAAGGAUGGGAUGCAUUGCUGAGGGAUCAGGUACGGGUAUAUCCAAUACCCUUGGCCUUCAGGGCCCCCACCCUCAUCUGAAAGUUUUCCUGGCUUGUCCCUCUGAAUCUUGGCAGCCCUGGGAGCCAGAGGACAGACUGGGGCGCUGGGCUGAGGGAAGUUCUGAGUCUGACCUUUCCUUAUUCCACCCCUCACCCCAAGGACCAAAAUUGUGAGUAUGGGGCCCAGAUCUCCACCUCCCUGUCUGCUCCUGGUCCUCAGCCCUGCCAUUGUGACCUGGAACUGAGUCCCUGGAAAAUCCCUUUCCUGCUCUGGCGAAACUGCUGUGACACAGCCCAGCAAAGUCUGUGGCCAGAGGUGCCCUCAGCUCCCACACAUGAUAAGAGCUUUCCACUGCAAGGGAGGGAGAAUGAGUCUCCUGUGAGGUGAGGACAGGAGGGAAACUGGGGAGCAUGCUGCAGAGGCACAGGGCAUGGGUUGGUAGCAAGGGCUGGAGAGUUAGGAGUAUAUCCUGAAGUCCAAUUACAGCUCUAGUGUGAGCCAGGUCAGUGAGCCUCUUGGGGCCUUAGUUUUUUCUCUAGUUGAGGAGGCUGAAAUACUUGACAGGCUAUAGGAGCAUCAGGAUUUGGGGGCCAGGCCCUGGGAGGCAAUGGUGGCUACAAUGACAAGGGAAAGAAGCCUGGGCCUGGACUAGGGCAGUGGCUUUGCCCAGAGGGAGGAGGAGGCAGAGAUUUAGGAUGGAAAACGGACAGUAGUUGACCAUUUGGGUGGAGACCACAUAACCUCCCUCAACUGUCCUUCUGUGACUACAAACCUGUAAGCUCCUUCUUCCCUUGGUUUCCCAGCUGACAAACUCUCCCUUUAAGCAAACACAGACACUGCCUCCUCUGGGGUGGGCAGGGGAAUGUGGGGCCUGGCCAAGUGUGAGCUCCCACUCUGAAUCUCACGGCUCUGUGACCUUGGCCAAGGUACUUACCCUCCUUGGCUGCUCUGUCUUGAGGGCAGGGUUAAUAAAUAGGGCUCGCCUCCCAUCCUGCUGUGAGGAUUUUGAGAACUAGCAAACAUAAAGCACAGCGCUGGCCACACGGUGAGCCUUGGAAGAUGGCAGCCUUCAUCAUUUAUGACCUCCUGGCCGUGUAUCACACACCUCAAUUAGUCCAGGUGCUGAUGGUCACUUCCCAGACCCCUCAACUGAAUCCCAAGGAAGCCCUGCUAUGCCUGAGGGGAGAUGCAGCAUAGUCAUUACCUGACUGGUGAAAACAAGGUUAGCAUCAGCUUGGGGAACAACCCAGGGGACUCACUGGCCUAAGAGGUGGUGUCUCCCUGCCCCAAGAACCACCAGUCUGGUCACCCCGGACUUUUUUUUUUUUUUUUUUU